ACCACAUUGCGUUUGUGUUCCACUGUGAGGAUGGAAGGCCUGUGACAACUGGAGAGACCUGGAGCAGCGAACGGGUCGAGCGAUAAAAUCCAUUUCCAUCUUCUUAAAAGAAAGAAAGAAUGACCAUGAAAGUUAGAAGAGCAUAAUCUACAGUUUCUAAGCUUCCGUUAGGGGCUAAUAUUGUGGCAGUGUGUUAGCUGGUACGUUAGAAAAGUGAUGGUGAAAACUGAAGUCCGACGAAAGGAUCCGAAUUCUUCUCAGGGAUUCAGGAGGGUUGGAGUGGCUUAAAGUUGAAAUAAAAAUAAAGGGAUUGUAGGUGUUUGUUGUUAAACAGCGGGUUUUAGUUCGGUGACGAGUUUUUGUGCUCGGUUCGUGAUUUUAAAUACAAUAGCUCUCCUGCUAGUCAGUGGGUAUUUGUCAUAACAGCCAUGGAUCUUCGAGUGGGAAACAGAUACAGACUGGGCAGAAAAAUUGGAAGUGGAUCUUUCGGUGACAUUUAUUUGGGGACUGACAUUUCGGUUAGGGAGGAAGUGGCCAUCAAGCUAGAAUGUGUGAAGACGAAGCAUCCUCAGCUUCACAUCGAGAGCAAGAUCUACAAGAUGAUGCAGGGAGGAGUUGGUAUCCCUACCAUAAAGUGGUGUGGUGCAGAGGGGGACUAUAAUGUGAUGGUCAUGGAGCUGCUGGGGCCCAGUCUGGAAGAUCUGUUCAACUUCUGCUCCAGGAAAUUCAGCCUUAAGACUGUUCUACUGCUUGCUGAUCAGAUGAUCAGCCGCAUUGAGUACAUCCACUCGAAGAACUUUAUCCACAGAGAUGUAAAGCCUGAUAACUUCCUGAUGGGACUAGGGAAGAAAGGGAACCUGGUCUACAUCAUUGACUUCGGUCUGGCCAAGAAGUACAGAGACGCUCGCACCCACCAGCACAUUCCCUACAGAGAGAACAAGAACCUGACUGGCACUGCCCGCUAUGCUUCUAUCAACACUCAUCUGGGCAUAGAGCAGUCUCGGCGUGAUGAUCUGGAGUCUUUGGGAUAUGUGUUGAUGUAUUUUAACCUGGGUUCACUGCCGUGGCAGGGCCUAAAGGCUGCCACCAAGAGGCAGAAAUACGAGCGCAUCAGCGAGAAGAAAAUGUCCACGCCUAUUGAAGUUCUCUGCAAGGGCUACCCUUCUGAAUUUGCCACAUACCUCAACUUUUGCCGCUCACUACGUUUUGAUGAUAAGCCUGACUACUCCUACCUCAGGCAGCUUUUCAGGAACCUCUUCCACAGACAGGGCUUCUCAUACGAUUAUGUCUUUGAUUGGAACAUGCUCAAAUUUGGUGCUAACCGUGCAGCAGAGGAGGCAGAGAGAGAGAGGAGAGACCGUGAGGAGAGGCUGAGACACAGCAGGAAUCCUGCCGCUAGUGGCAUCCCAUCAGCCUCUGGGAGACCCCGCGGAACACAAGAUGUCGCCCCACCUACACCCCUCACUCCCACCUCGCACACAGCAAAUACAUCCUCACCACGUCCUGUAACCGGCAUAGAUCGGGAACGGAAGGUGAGCAUGAGGCUUCAUCGUGGAGCUCCUGUUAAUGUCUCUUCAUCAGAUUUGACAGGACGGCAAGACACCUCGCGCAUGUCCACUUCACAGAAUAGCAUUCCCUUCGAUCAUCACGGCAAAUAGCUGCUCAUCACGUUCUAGUGUGAAGGCGGCAACAUCUGAUUCCGAAUAAAUUUCUCAGAAGCCCCCACUCUAGACCAUGGAGUGGAGAGGAUGACCCACAUGGCAGACUCAUGGCUCUUCUUGUACCAUGACAAAGCAGAGCAGACCAUGUCUCUUUAACCGAUGAAACCAAAAUGGUUCCAAAUCGACUUGACCUCUUUAAGGGUCUCUCUCUUGCUCUUACUUUAUCUUCUACUGUCUCUUACUCUCCUUUUUUCCCACUCUGGUAUAUGUGCACACAGAGUUUUAUGAUCAUACUUUGUCUAAGGAGACUUUGGGACUCAACUAACAAAGACUCAACCAGCUAAACUCCAGUGUCCUUUACACUGGUGUCUCUCUUCAUACUAGUACUUUCUUUGUACAUCCACACUGCUGCAUAACCCAUCAUGUAUGUUUUUUUUCUGAUAAGAUUUAUGUAUUUAAAAGUUUACUUGGUUCCAUUUGGUAUACUGUUUUUUUUGUUUGUUUGUUUUUGUUUUUAUAUAUAAAUCCUUCCCAUGUCCUAAAACUGUCUUUGCAAGGCUCCAUAUUUAGAAGUGUUGCCAUGCUUUUAUUUUGCCCAUUAUAAUUUUUAUUAUGGUUUGAUAAUUCUAUUUGUAUGUGGUGCAAGAUGGGUUACUGUUGCAUGUUUGUGUUUUAGUUUGAAGAGCAAAGGGGCCAAAUUGUCAGCAUUUCUAACUCGUGAUAAACCAUAUUGGAUUAUUUACUGAUCUUGGAACCCUAAAUCAUGCAUUUAACAGCAUCCUGUGGAACUCACCUGUUUUGUUUAAUGAAUUUUUGCUUCGUUUUUUGCUCCCAUUCUUCCUUCUGACAUUUUCUAAGGUCUAUUACUGCCCCUUACCUUGUUGGAGCGCUGUUCUGUUUCUAAGCUGUGAACAUUGUAAUAUAUCUGUGUGAAUGUUUCCAUUUUUCACCUAACAGAGAUUAUGAAAGAGAUGCAAAUUACAUUGAGUCCAGAAACAUUACGGGUUUACAUUCUUCUGUCCCACCUUCUUAAUUCUACACCAAGCCAAUAAAAUGAAGCGCUGGACAUGAGAGGUUACCGAUUACAACUCGGCUGUCUCUUGGGCUCAGCUGUUGACUGUUGCACAUCAUGCAAGUAAGUCAUCGGUUGUUUAAACAUGUUGAGGCAUGGUUGAUGAACGUUUUAAAUGUUUAAAACGAACUGACUCCUCCAAGUUGUGACCAGGUUGUGGUCAGUGAGAUGUGUUCCACAGCAGCCCAUCUGUCAAGGUUGAAUACGGAGUCCUCUCUAAUGAAUGUUCCAGCACUGAUUUGGCUCUACAGGUUAACCUAAACGCUGGUGUAUUAUAUUUUUUACAGAAAGCAUGUUGUUCUGAGCUGCUUUCUUCAUGUCCUGAUGGACUGGAGAAAGCUGUGUCUAGAAUACCAUGCUCUUUUCUUUGAUGUGUCUGAUAGAUGAUCAUGUACUAGUUAUAAUGUACCUAUUCUGUUUGAGGGAGGGUGUAUGUGUGUUUGAGACCUGAAUAAGGGGAUGGCGUCGCUGGUUUCCUAAAGCCCAUUUACAUUUGGGCUUCACAUUUUUGGUCUUGUCAUGCCAAUCUAUGAGCCCUACUACAGUUUGUAUCACUGUAUUUGUGCACCACAUUUUUUUGUACAUGUGUAAAUAAAUGAGUUACUUGUAUUAUUUUAA